AUGCCGUACCUCCCCACAGCCCAGGAGUGGCUCACUCAAUCCGCUCUCCUCCUCCAGGCGCGUCCCACAACCUCCCGCAUAACGACAAAAUACACCGUCAAACCCUCCACGCGCCGCACAACCGCUGAAACCGCCGCCCCUGCCCCCGUGGCUUUCCUGACACUCAAAACUUACGACCCGGCGUCAGGCACAACCCUCAAAUACCGCACCGACAAAGCCGCAGAGGUUGGACGUCUCGUGCUCUCCCUAUCCCGGCUUGGACGCGAGAUGGCGGGCUUGCCGGAGCUGAAGGAGGAGGAUAUUAAGAUGGAGGGGGCGGGGGAUGCGGUUGCUGCAGCUGCGGCGCCAGUGCCUGAGAAGGCUGGGGCGCAGCCGGGUGGAGCGAAGAAGGGGAAGAAGAAGGGGAGGAAGUGA